AUGCGUGGGUAUCGAUGCAUAUUCGUGGCUUCACAAAGGAGUAAAAGGAAAGGCAACUGUGAUUUAGCAAUGGCAAAGCUCAAAGAGGGUAAUAUUAAUGUUGCAACAGAGAUGUUCCAGAGAGCAGUAAGUAUUACACCAUCCAUGGCACACCAACUUAUUGAGAUUCUGAAGUUAGAGAAUAUUGAGUUUAGUAGCUCCAUACGAGGCAGAUGCACAGUUGGCAUAUUUAUCCAGUCUUGA